AUGAUAGUACAACCUGCAAACCCUUCCCGCAACGUUAAACGCUGGAACAACCACAUCACAAUGCUGAAACAUCGGUGUGGGGGUGCGCAGAGUGGAGUACCCGUAACCAUCCGGAUUUCGAUGGGCUCGGUGAGUGUUCGUCGUAGGUACCACGGAGCUACUGCUGAAACAUUGCAGUGCAAAAUACAGUGGGCAGUCUAUAGAGUAGGCAUUGACUGUGCCUUCUCCAAGCUGGUUGUGGACUGCAAGGCAAAGCAAGGUGAAACUCCUGGUCUGGGAGAACACCCGUUCCAUUAUACGUCCCAUCGGUUUGCUGAGCUCGUGGCAUCUGUUCAGAAGAUAAAUGUCGGCACAGUGCUCUCUGAAAAGAGUCCAUUGCAGAACAGAGAGAUUGGGCAAUUUAGACCCUUCCUAGGAAUUUCUGCUCUUGUUAGAGUGGAUCUGGAAGCUCAAAGGGAAGAGAAAAAGCAUGACGAUAGAGCAGAGUCUACAUCAACAUCAAAGAAAGCUGUUGCAUCUGUAAUGGAGAAACAGACCUCUUCUCUGGCUAAAAAUCUUCCUUCGAAGAAGCCCCCAUCCUUCUCUAACACAUCGCUAACUAAACAACCACUUAAACCUUCUGCUGGAAGUUUCAAAGGUGUAAUUCCUAAGAAACCUUGGCCUUCAUCAGGCAGUGUUCCUUCAUCAGGCACUGUUCCUUCAAAACAUUCAGCUGUUUCUCAUGGCUCAGCAGUUUCCAAAAAACCAUCUCCAUCUUCCGUCUCGGCUGGAGGACUCAAAAAGCCUUCACUGCCUUCCAUGUCUACCGCAUCUGGAAGUAGUCAAGCAAAACCAUCAGCUAUCCCAAUCCAGUCACAACCCAACUCGCAGAUCCGACAAAAUAUUCGACGGUCCCUCAAAGAAAUUUUAUGGAAGAGGGUCAAUGACAGCGACGAUCUGGUCAUGACAGAGAGUGAAGUAGGCAAAGUAGCAUUCAAUAUCGAAAGGGAGAUGUUUAAUUUGUUUCAAGUUACGGACAACAGAUACAAGAGUAAAUACCGCAGCAUCAUGUUCAAUCUCAAGGACCCCAAAAAUCAGGGACUUUUUCAUCGUGUCCUUCGUGAGGAAAUCUCGCUGUCAAAACUAGUGAGAAUGAAACCAGAAGAACUUGUAUCUAAAGAACUGUCUGUGUGGAAAGAGAAACCUGCUAAAGCAACGAUGGAGUCAAGAAGCAAAACCCAUGAAAUCAAGAAGGUAGCUGUAAAACGGGAACGUGUGCAAGUUGUAAAUAUGGAAGAUUCUCCACCAGUGUCUGAUUCUGAUGAGCAGCAAGAGUCAAAUCGAACUGCACCAAAUUUGAACAGUGCUCCUUCUCUAGAUGUUUUUAGCAGUAUGCUGAAGGAUACAACAAGUCAACAUCGAGCUCAUCUUUUUGACCUGAACUGCAAAAUCUGUACAGGUCAGAUUUCAGCAUCCGAAGAUGAAGUACCAGCUAAGAAGGCAAAGACAGUGGCUCCUGUUAAAAAAGUGGAGUCGAAAUCAAAACCAGAAGUUCAGCCAAAGUAUGAAAGUUCUGCACCAACCCCAGCGGCAGAGCCUGCCAAAGAGGACGCCUCUGAAAACGCAAUGGACAUUGAUGUAGAACCUGCAGCAGAAACAGUUUCUCAGUCAAACGUAGAAAAUAGUUGCAUUCCUACAACUCAGGGCCAUGACAACACAGGUACUUCGGUACCUGAAGAGGCUUCUCCUUUUCCUGCCUCUUGUGCCGGCGGAGUUGUCACGACCGUAACAGUUUCUGGCAGAGACCCUAGGACAGCAAUGAGCGGCUCCUCUGGCAUUGGAGCACCAGCCCUGCGUUCUGGUCUUGCAUUUGACAAAGUUUCAACAGUGGAAACAAAACAGGAGAUUUCCAAACCAGUUACGACUGUCCCCAGAUCAAUAUUAACAAAACCAUCCUCCUCACCAGAUCCGAGAUACUUGGCAGUUCAUCAUUCACCCAGUAUCAAUGCUGCAGAGCCACGCUCACCUCAAGACACUGAUACGUCCCACUUUCUCUCUCGUCUCAACACCAUUUGGAAAGGAUUUAUUAACAUGCAGAGUGUGGCCAAAUUCGUCACCAAAGCAUAUCCUGUCUCCGGGUGUUUCGAUUACCUCAGCGAGGAUUUACCAGACACCAUUCAUAUUGGCGGGAGGAUCUUACCGAAGACAGUCUGGGAAUAUGUUGGCAAACUCAAAUCUUCGCUUUCUAAGGAAUUGUGUUUGAUUCGUUUCCAUCCUGCAACAGAAGAAGAAGAAGUUGCCUAUAUCUCUCUCUACUCCUAUUUUAGCAGUCGUGGUCGUUUUGGUGUUGUAGCUAAUACCAACAGACAUAUCAAGGAUCUCUACCUGAUCCCCCUGAGUUCUAAGGACCCAAUUCCUUCCAAACUCUUGCCAUUUGAGGGACCAGGUCUGGAGUCGUCUCGGCCAAAUUUAAUUCUUGGAUUGGUUAUCUGUCAGAAGACGAAACGUCUCGCCACUGGCCUCGAAACAGACAGGAUGGAGGAAAAGCGAAGCAGAAUUCAAGCACACGAGGACACGGAAACACCACUGUUCUCUAAAGGGCCACUAGCUGCUUCGCAGGAGAAGAAAACUCCGAAGUACACACUUUAUUCGGGAGAAUCGGCCAUCAGUACCACACCACCUGGAUCUCCUCCACCUCCACCCCCACUUUCCGUUCCAGACACCUCGGCCGUUACGCCUUCAGUGUUAAAAAUACUGUCCUCGAUUAAAAGCGGAACCACAGCUCCUGCACCACCACCACCACCACCAGUUUCCACUGCUGCUCCUGCAAGCGUUACCACUACGCCGUCUUCCUCCUCCAAAACAGCCACACCGCUCGAGCACAUCCUGCAGACGCUUUUUGGAAAAAAGAAGACUUUCGAGCCUGUUGCUAAGGAUUCUGAAAGUGUCCAGCCUUCAAAUAAGGAAAGUCAAGCUGCUGCUGAUGGAGGAAUGUCAGCUGUUCCUUUGCUAGAUCCCAUUGUGCAGCAGUUCGGGCAGAUGUCGAAAGAGAGAGCUAUCGAAGAGGAGGAGGAUGACAGACCGUAUGAUCCCGAAGAGGAAUAUGGUCCGGAGAAAGCUUUUGAAAUGCAGACUGGUGAAAGUGAAAAACUGUACGGUGUGGAAAAGCCAUCUAAUACAGCAGAACUGGAGGAUGAGGCCUACGAUCCAGAAGAUGAAACUAUCUUGGAGGAAGCUAAAGUUACGGUUGAUGAUUUACCUAACAAAAUGUACACAGACACUAAGAGCACUGCGUCGGAAACAGCUGCUUCGUAUGUGCCUGACUUACCCGCGUCCUCAUCCUUGGUGGAACAGCAAAAAAUGUUGGAAGAGUUAAACAAACAAAUAGAGGAACAGAAAAGGCAACUGGAGGAACAAGAAGAAGCCCUCAGACAACAAAGAGCAGCUGUUGGUGUUUCUAUGGCUCAUUUUUCAGUGUCUGAUGCUUUAAUGUCACCACCACCAAAAUCUUCCCUAGCAAAGACUGAGUUAUUCCAUCAGGAGCAGCAAGCUAUGCAAAAAGCAGAUUUACCUGUCCCUUUAAAUCAGCAAGCGCAAAUUUUAAACCAGGGCUGUGACCCAAGGCAGAGCAGAGAUCCUCGACAGGCCCGAAGAAUCGUGACAGAGACCAAUGACAACGUUGAUUCUCGAAUGAAGCCCCAGGUGGUACGGACUGAGAUACCCACAAGAGAAAUCCCUCCAGUGAGUUUUCUAAACACUUUGCAGACUUCCCUUGGUAAGGACGAUAAAACUUUAAUUUCUGCUCCUCAACCUGUUUUUACUGCGGAUAAUUGGGUUACACCUGAAAAGGCUUCCAUGGUGUCCCAGAAAGAGGCGUCUAAUAGCAAAUUUGAAAACACCAUUCAAGUUAAUUUGGAAAACAUGAGUCAAACAGUUGCUGGAGAACCUUCUAUGUCCAAACCUCUACGUAAAGUGCUGCUUCCAACGCCUCCAAGUACAUCUUUUCAGCCCAAUUUCUCUGCAUCAAACGACAGUCAUUCUUUGCAAAAUAUGCAUCAAGUGCCAUGGUCAAAUGAGUCAAAGGAAAUAAUGGGAAGGGAUUCUUUUUCAAAUCCAAUGUUUACGUCUCAGGAAAAGGCAGCUGGUCACUUUGAACCAGAGAGGGGCCUUUCAUCAGUGCAAUACAACGAACAAAGAAAUCCUCAGUCUCAUCAAUUUAUAGAGCAAACCGAACCUCCAUCAGUUCAGAGCGAGGCCGGACCUACCCCACAGCACUUUGAAGAAAACCGAGCUGGCCCUCCGUUUGCUAUGCCUGGGCAGAAGGGAGGGCCUCCACUGCCACUGAUGGUUAAUGCACCUGCAGGACCCCACGGACCUAAUUUUAGAGGGCCGGCACCACCAUUCGCUGAAGACCAUGUUUCUCCAAAUAAUGACGGGCAAAGAGGACCUCCACCUGGAAGAUUUGGAAAUCAAAAGGGUCCCAUUCCUUCCCUGUUUUCUACACAGCAUGGACCACCAUCUCUUUUUGGUGAUAAUAGGGGCCCUGCCCCUUCUUACCAUGGUGUUCCAAGAGGAAUGUCACCAUCUCAGUUUGAAGAUCAUAGGGAACCUCACAUGGAACAAAGGGAAUUCGCAGAAUCCCAAUAUAAUGAAAUGGUUAGGCCUCCGGGACAGUUUGAAGGACCUGAUCCACCUCAGUUUAUGGGAAACAGAGGACCUUCGCCUUUUCCUUUCGGAGGUCAAAGACGACCCCCGCCAGCUCAGUUUAAAGGACAGAGGGGCGGCCCUCAGUUCGGAGGGCCGAGAGGUCCAGCCCCGAGUCAUUUUGGGGGACCAAGAGGCCCUCACCAAAAUCAGUUUGAAGAGCAGAGAGGUCCAGCUCCAAAUCACAUACCUGGUCCAAGAGGACUUUUGCCACAGCCAUUUGAAGAACGGAGAGGGAGUCCGCCACCCAGGUUUGCCAACCAGAGAGGUCCAGCACCGCUUCAGUUCGGAGGACCGAGAGGAGCUGCACCUGCCAUGUUUCCAGAAGAAAAUGAACCUCCUCCUUCUAGAUUUCAUUUCCAAGGUCAGUCACCACAAGGUAUGAAGCCAAGCCCAAGACCACUCCUGGACCUUCCAAGCCAUCCACCACCCCACAGAAAAGACAUGUGGGAGGAAGCUGGACCAUCUGCAUCUCUUUCCAAUGUUUCUGGACAAGGAUCUGAGUCGGAAGGACAGUGGUCAGCAUCAGACUUCCGAGAAGGCAAAAAUCCCGAAUUUAGAGGCCAGCCAUUUGAAGGGAGACAGAGAGAGAGAUACGAGGGAGGCAGUAAAGACAAGGUUUUAGAUCAGCCAGAGCCUCAGCAAGCAGAUAAUCGACAAGGUAGACCCUUUGAGGAGAGACGAAGGGAUCGCGAACACGGCAGACCAUGGGAAAGAGACCGUGGCAGAAACUGGAAUAGAGACAGAGACUGGGAGAGACACAGGGACAAGGAAUGGGACAAAAAUAGAGAGAGAAACCAAAACAAAGAGAGAGAGAAGGAUUCAGACCGGGCUAAAGAAUGGGAAAGAAACCGAGACCGAGAGAGAGCAAGAAACAGAGAGAGAGAAUCCUACAGAAGACGUGAUAGAGAGCGGUCAAGAAGCAGAGACCGAGAUCGCGAGAGAGACAAAGACAGGGACCGGGAUCGAAGCAGGGAAAAAGAAAGAGAUCGAGAGAGAGAUCGAGAUCGAGAUCGUGAAAGAGGAAAAGAUCGCAAAGAUCGGAGUAAGAGUAGGGAAACUGGUAAAGAUAUGAAGCCAGAAAUCCCGAAAGAAACUCCGAAGUCAACAGAAGCAGAAGCUCCAUCUUCCACUAAUCAGUCAUAG